UGAUUUUGGCUCACUGCAGCCUCCCGCCUCCUGGGUUCAAGCAAUUCUCCUGCCUCAGCAUCCCAAGUAGCUGGGAUUACAGGCAUGUGCCACCAUGCCCGGCUAAUUUUGUAUUUUUAGUAGAGACGGGGUUUCAUGACGUUGGCCAGGCUGGUCUUGAACUCCCGACCUCAAGUGAUCCAUCUAUCUCAGCCUCCCAAAGUGUUGGGAUUACAGGCAUGAGCCACCACGCCCGGCUAAUUUUGUAUUUUUAGUAGAGACGGGGUUUCAUGACGUUGGCCAGGCUGGUCUUGAACUCCCGACCUCAAGUGAUCCAUCUAUCUCAGCCUCCCAAAGUGUUGGGAUUACAGGCAUGAGCCACCACGCCCGGCCAAGCUCGGCAAGUUUCUAUGGCUCUUUGCAGCUUUGAGCCUGCUGAGCUUGAGAAUCUAUGUGCAUCAGACAGACGUCCUCAGGCUUUGACCGAGCAAUACUGUAUCCUGGAAGUUGCCCUACGGAAGCCGUGGUUGAUGUGUGUGUGCUGAGGUUUAGCUCAGAGGAUGCUCACUGCAGGCAGAGAAGUUUAGACAGCAGACCAUUGGGUGCAGCCUUUGGGUACAAUAAAUAAUAAGAGAUUAGAAUAGGAAUGGUGCAUCCACCUAGGAAAAUGCUGAGUGGCUUCUAAACAUGUUUUUAUAAAAUAAUAUUGAAUGAUAUAGUAAAACUUACACAGUUAAGUAAAGAUACAGUUUACCAAACAACAAUCCCAUUUUUACAGAAAUAAAAGUGUAAAUACAUGCACAGAAGGAAGCCUGGCCUGCUGUAUAGGAAGAGUGGGCCUCCCCGGGAGGCAGAUUCCUCAGUGGUUUGCUUUUCUGUGUGCAUAUGAGUAUUUUUUUCUGAUUGUCCUACUAGGAAUGGGUAUCACUUUUGUAAAAGGGAAGGAUGGUAAAAGUUGACUUUAAAGGGUUCACUUAUUUUAGUAGACCCUUCCUGGCUCCUGCGGUGUGGGGCUCCCUCCUGAAAGCUUCCUGAUUCCCCCAGGUGAUGGGCAGAGGCUUCAGUGUCCCCUUCGCCUCCGCAGGAGAGGAGAGGCAGCAGCAUGGCGAGUGUCCUGUCCCGACGCCUUGGAAAGCGGUCCCUCCUGGGAGCCCGGGUGUUGGGACCCAGUGCCUCGGAGGGGCCCUCGGCUGCCCCACCCUCGGAGCCACUGCUAGAAGGCGCCGCUCCCCAGCCUUUCACCACCUCUGAUGACACCCCCUGCCAGGAGCAGCCCAAGGAAGUCCUUAAGGCUCCCAGCACCUCGGGCCUUCAGCAGGUGGCCUUUCAGCCUGGGCAGAAGGUUUAUGUGUGGUACGGGGGUCAAGAGUGCACAGGACUGGUGGAGCAGCACAGCUGGAUGGAGGGUCAGGUGACCGUCUGGCUGCUGGAGCAGAAGCUGCAGGUCUGCUGCAGGGUGGAGGAGGUGUGGCUGGCAGAGCUGCAGGGCCCCUGUCCCCAGGCACCACCCCUGGAGCCCGGAGCCCAGGCCCUGGCCUACAGGCCCGUCUCCAGGAACAUCGAUGUCCCAAAGAGGAAGUCGGACGCAGUGGAAAUGGAUGAGAUGAUGGCGGCCAUGGUGCUGACGUCCCUGUCCUGCAGCCCUGUUGUACAGAGUCCUCCCGGGACCGAGGCCAACUUCUCUGCUUCCCGUGCGGCCUGUGACCCAUGGAAGGAGAGUGGUGACAUCUCGGACAGCGGCAGCAGCACUACCAGCGGUCACUGGAGUGGGAGCAGUGGUGUCUCCACCCCCUCGCCCCCCCACCCCCAGGCCAGCCCCAAGUAUUUGGGGGAUGCUUUUGGUUCUCCCCAAACUGAUCAUGGCUUUGAGACCGAUCCUGACCCUUUCCUGCUGGACGAACCAGCUCCACGAAAAAGAAAGAACUCUGUGAAGGUGAUGUACAAGUGCCUGUGGCCAAACUGUGGCAAAGUUCUGCGCUCCAUUGUGGGCAUCAAACGACACGUCAAAGCCCUCCACCUGGGGGACACAGUGGACUCUGAUCAGUUCAAGCGGGAGGAGGAUUUCUACUACACAGAGGUGCAGCUGAAGGAGGAAUCUGCUGCUGCUGCUGCUGCUGCUGCCGCCGCCGCAGGCACCCCAGUCCCUGGGACUCCCACCGCCGAGCCAGCUCCCACCCCCAGCAUGACCAGCCUGCCUCUGUCUGCUCUUCCACCACCUCUGCACAAAGCCCAGUCCUCUGGCCCAGAACAUCCUGGCCCGGAGUCCUCCCUGCCCUCAGGGGCUCUCAGCAAGUCAGCUCCUGGGUCCUUCUGGCACAUUCAGGCAGAUCAUGCAUACCAGGCUCUGCCGUCCUUCCAGAUCCCAGUCUCACCACACAUCUACACCAGUGUCAGCUGGGCUGCUGCCCCCUCCGCCGCCUGCUCCCUCUCUCCGGUCCGGAGCCGGUCGCUAAGCUUCAGCGAGCCCCAGCAGCCAGCACCUGCGAUGAAAUCUCAUCUGAUCGUCACUUCUCCACCCCGGGCCCAGAGUGGUGCCAGGAAAGCCCGAGGGGAGGCUAAGAAGUGCCGCAAGGUGUAUGGCAUCGAGCACCGGGACCAGUGGUGCACGGCCUGCCGGUGGAAGAAGGCCUGCCAGCGCUUUCUGGACUGAGCCGUGCUGCAGGUUCUACUCUGUUCCUGGCCCUGCCGGCAGCCGCUGACAAGAGGCCAGUGUGUCACCAGCCCUCAGCAGAAACCGAAAGAGAAAGAACGGAAACACGGAGUUUGGGCUCUGUUGGCUAAGGUGUAACACUUAAAGCAAUUUUCUCCCAUUGUGCGAACAUUUUAUUUUUAAAAAAAAAAGAAACAAAAAUAUUUUUUCCCCCUAAAAUAGGAGAGAGCCAAAACUGACCAAGGGUAUUCAGCAGUGAACCAGUGACCAAAGAAUUAAUUACCCUCCGUUUCCCACAUCCCCACUCUCUAGGGGAUUAGCUUGUGCGUGUCAAAAGAAGGAACAGCUCGUUCUGCUUCCUGCUGAGUCGGUGAAUUCUUUGCUUUCUCAACUCUUCCAGAAAGGACUGUGAGCAAGAUGAAUUUACUUUUCUUAAAAAAAAAAAAAAAAAAAAGGAGUUUCUGGCUGAUGGGUGACUCAGAGUGCAGGACUGCCUGGCCGCGGGGCAGAGGGGUUUGCCCUUCUCGGAGGGUACCUCCUGUUCCCUGUCUGAGCAUCCUGCAUGGAAGUCAAAGGAAAUCCCUUUCUUGGUGACGACUUAAAUCUGGGUUCCCUCAGACAUUGGGUUGCACCCCAACAAAUAUUAAAUGGCUUCUUCUUAAAGCCCAGAGAAAGAGGUUUUUUAAAAGACUGUCGCCAAAUAGCUGAGCCAAAAGGCUGAUCAGAAUUCACUUUUUGGAAUGUGGCAGUUAAACACUACCUUGAUCAUUCUCUCCUCUUUCCUCGAGGAACUCCUGGAGGGUUUGAGCGUCUGGAAACUCUCUGCUCUGACCCGAGGAAGCACCCUCCUGACGCCGCCUUCCUCUGGUUAUGGAAAGGACGCCUCAGAAAUGCUUUGUUUUCUUUUACGAUGUAUUCAGAAGCCUUUACUGAUUAAAGUUUUCUUUUAUUUGGGUGGCCGGGAGAGACCCAGGGAGGUUCUGGAGGUUCCUUUCUGUCUCCUGGCCCCACCAGGGAUUUCCCCAUUUCUGUUUGCUGCCUGAAAGCAGGAUGAGGAAGGCCAAGGAGAGUCCUUGCACCCGUGAGCGUCAGGUUGAGGAAAUGACAGGAGGAAGACGUGGGUUUGGGUUAGUGGCUGCUGGCGUUUUGGCCCUUGGUGUUUCUGGAGCCUCCAGGGAUCUAGGGGAGCCUGGGCUGCGUGCAUGUCGAUAAGCAGAGCUGUUCUUGUGGAGAAGGAGGGAGGUCUAGGGAGUUUAGCACCAUGCCAACCAGCCCUGCGCGAAGACAGAGUGAGCCACGCCCGGAUGGCAGGGCAUGUUUCUGUUUUGGUGUCUCGCUUUCCUCCCAGCGUGACUUAUUUGGGGAUUCCUCAGGGCCUACUGGAAUGUGACUGCCCACUGCCCAGCUGCCUCGGGUACAAGUCCUGGCCCUAUGUCCCAGCUGUCAGGGGCUCAGGGAAUCCUACCCAGCCACCUGUCCUGGGAUGGAGUGUCAGCAUCCACCCUUGGUUGUCAUCGAGGCCGCCCUCCCAGUGCUGGGUGAAGAUAUUUGGGCCACGAGGGCUCCCUUGGCCCCUUCACGUAGGAAAUAGACACGUGCUUUUUAAUGCAGGACACUUUGAGUGUUACAAAAUCUGUAGACCUGGCAGUAGGGUCAUGAUGUUGGGAAGGGUGUAGUGCCCUAGGUUGGUGACAGAAGGGACAGACACUUGUGCCCAGGUGUCUUUGGUGAUGGGGUAUAUUUUUUAUAACUUAGUAAAAAAAAAAAAAAAUGUAUGUGGAAUUCUGUCUCUUGGUAAAGCUCAAAGCCAGGCUAGCCUGAGGUGGCGCAGGGCUCUCCUUCCUGUCCCUUCGACCUCCUUGAGAAUUAAGAGCUGGCAGCUGCUGAUGGUGUUUCCCAACCCCCCUCACUUCCCAAGACAACCCCCAGCUUCAGGUCCUCAUGGGGAGGGGAGGGCACGUUCUUGACACAUGGGGACUUCGCUCAGGAGGGCCUCCCCUUCCCCUCUCCCUCAGAGUUUUCACUGCCGUCUCAUCUUUAGAAAGCUGUUUGAAUUCCCCCCGCCCCCAGUUUGGACCGUGUAGAUAUAACUGGAUAUACGGAUUUUUCUCUUUGUGCAGGCUUCUUAUGCCAUUGGUAUACAGGGCAGGAAAGGGAGGAAUAAAGGGAGAGAGCAGUGUGGAAACCACGGUGGUUUUGCUUUGUUCUUAUUAGGUUUUGGUGCCACCUUCCCUGCCUGUGCUUGUGCCCCCUCUCCUCCUUGGCACUGGCGGCCUCCUUGCCUCCCUUCCACCCGUGCUGCCAUCCCAUGCCUGUCGUGUUGGUUCUUCACACGUGCUCUGUUCUCGGGGUUGUUCCAUUCAUGCCUUCUUGGAGGGUGAGGGUGGCUUGGGAACUGACCCAGUGAUCAUGCCUACUUUCUUCUUUGUAUCUCCCUCCUUCCCAGCCCACCCGGGCAGCAGACUCUGAUGGAAGGAAGGUGCCGUAGGUGGGCUUUUAGAAACUAACGGGACUGGUUUUCAAAGCAGUUAUCUUGGGAAACUGUUUAUUCCAGCGAUGUGACUUUUUUCAGAAUAUUUCUUGGAAUCAUCUUCAGAGUCUGGGGCUGUGUGUUGAGCAGCCUUAAGGAUGCUAGACACUCAUUUAGUGCCCAGGGAGUCCAGCGAAUGACGUCUGUGGCCAAGCGAGGUCUCAGGUGCAAAGCAAAAAGACCAUUUAAAGUAAAAUAGCUUGGAUUCAAUCAUGUGACUUUUAAAUUGGCUCAGAAAACAAUUUUGUAAUUUCAGAGAGUGUUUUGAGCCACGGCCACGUUGUCAUUGUGAGUCUAUAGCUUGACUCCUUGGAGAACAAUAUUCAUUUGGUUGUGGAGACUCUGAUUUGCUGGGAGAAAUCUGUCCUGUUACUUUCUGGUCAUCCCAGGUUCUGACUUUUACCAGGGGCAAAAAAAAAAAAAAAAAAAAAGCAAGAGGGAGAUAAAUCCCAUCUGUGAGUUUGUCUUAUUGGCGCCUUUUUCCUCAGCUGUCUUCCAAGUAUUAUUUUUACUGUUAAAAAUUUUUUUAAAAAUGUGAAAUGUAAUGUUUUUACAGCAACAAUAUGAAAUAUAUUUUAUAAGGAAUAAAAUGGUACCUUGUCUGAUUUAA